AUGCUGCUGGAGGGCGUGAUUUUACACCUCCCGAGACCGCGUUUUCGCAUCACUGUUUGUGCGAUUGGAGGACAGCCGUCCUCUAGUCUGCGGACUGGUGCAGACAAAGUAGUGACCUUGUCAAACACGGUGGCCGGGGCUAGGAUUGCCCUGGAAGAAUUGAAGCUCGAUGUGCUCAUUUUUGCGGACACAACCUGCGAGCCGGUAUCUCACUUUCUGGCGCUGGGCCGUGUGGCCCCGAUACAGGCCGCAUUCUGGGGCACCCCAAUCACUACCGGGAGCCCCAACAUCGACUACUUCCUCUCUGCCGAUGUGAUGGAGCACCCCGACCGAACGACAAUGCUGCCUGACGACGAUCCCUAUUCCGAACAGGUGGUGCUAUUCGGUGGACAAGGUAUUUGGUAUCCUACUCCUGUUCUCCCGUCAGAACUGGCCCCACCACCAAGACCCCAAACAUCUAGUGGCGCUGCAAGCACCACGGCAGUGCUACCAACGCCGCAAGCCCCAAUACCAGCGCCAGAGACGGCGUCCUGGUCUGCUUCGCGUGACACUAUCACGGCGAAGGGAGGGGUUUCAGCAGCGGAGAUGGAGUCGUCAUGGGGUGGACCAGCAAGCGACCGGGCUCUCGAGACAUACCAUGCUGCCCCAACGCGUGCGUCGAGAGAGCGGGCAAGAUCCGUCCUUCGUGCCGAGCUGAAGAACCGGAUCGGGAUCGACCAAAACAGUGUGGUGUAUAUGUGCGCCCAGAGUUUGUUCAAGCUGCAUCCCGACUUCGACUUAGCGGUUAAGGGCGUGCUAGAAGCAUCAGGUUCGAAUCACCUGGUUUUCACGGCGGGUAGGCGGCAACAAUGGACAUCGAUUUUUCAAGCGAGGCUAACUUCGACGCUCGGAGACGAUGUUAUGACGAGGGUGUUCUUUGUACCACGAACAGUAUCUGGUGCAGCGUUUUCCUCCCUGCUCGCAUCGGCCGACGUCGUGCUCCAUCCCUUCCCUUUCGGCGGUUCGAAGACGUCGGCUGAUGCACUCGCUGUUGGGGUGCCAACAGUGUCCAUGGCUGGAAAGUACGUGGCCGGACGCAUGGCACAGAGCUUCUACAAGACCAUGGGCAUGCAACAACUACGUGCAACUUGCUACGAAGCUCGGCCAGGAGUUAGGAUUUCGCAAGCGUAUCAUCGAUCUAAUUGACCAGAGGCAGUGGGUCAUCUGGGAGAGGAGGGACGAGGUAACUGACCUAGACUAUCAAGAGUUUUCUUCUGUGGAAGGGCACUGAAAAUCACCCCGUGCCAAGGGCUUGCAACACAUGUUGCCAGAGCGAGUUUGGAAUACGUCCAUCGCCCUAGUCGACUCGGAAUAACGGGAAGCGAUCGACGGAUAAUUCGUUUUUGCCAGUCUAUUGCAGGCCGACUUCAACCUGCUUGAUAUUAUUGCGUAACGAUCGAGCGGAGAAAAGCUCAUUUCAAGAAGCGACCGAUGUGAAUAUCUUGGCAGCCUGUCCUCCGCCGUUGCUACAUGCAGGUUGUGCCUAGGAUGUGCGCUGCAGCAGCGUGUGAUGUCCACCCCCACAACGAAUGUAUGCACACCUUGGCGCAUGCAAAGCAAUACGGAGUAAAAUUUUGGACGUAUAGGAGGCUUGACUGCGGCACCCUACUCUCCUUUUCCACUCUUCUGAGACCCAGGUGUUUGAAUGGGCUAGGUUUCUGGCAAGGCUCGGAGGAGUUUCUCCACCGACUCCACAGGAGGUAGGGCUCUCGCCAACACCUGAUCACGUGCGGCCUCCAUUCCCCUCAAGGUCCGAACCGUCAUACGCUCAGUCAUGACAGUUCAGGGAUCCCACUCCCCUUUGAUGGUAUUGAGACGGGUCGGAGUUUCAAUCAUUUCUGUGUCAAAUGUGACCGAGGCUAUGAGUCGUUUGGAGUACGCGCUUCUCUGGUUCGAGGUUGAAGUAUGUACAAAUGUGUGGUAUCGAGGUGCCCUUUACCCAAGGUUCGUCUGCAGGCAGUGAAGCCUUGCAGUUCCAGACAGAAGUCUGAAGUGAUGUUCAGACGAAGUCUGUUGAAGCAGUGACCGAAGUCGAUCUGUCGAUCUUGUUGCUAAAUGCCGCUUCUGGGGCUUGUACUUGUUUUCAGUCUUGUUCUCUUCACAGCUUACUUUCAGAAUUGAGAUGUUGAGGGAUAGUUGGGUGUGAGCCUGGUGCGGCUCGCAACACCUCGGGAUUUCGCUACAAUUACACUAUCAUCUGAUC